UAGCCCACUUUGGAAAAGAGCGGUAGCCUGGAACCGAAGUCGCCGCGCAAGCGCUUAUGGGACUGUUUGGGGGGACGUAAGUAAAACAAAAACAUGGCGGAAUUUAGCGCGGAAUGUAGUAGUGACAGCAAGGUUUUAACAGAGCAAAAUAGCGAUAAGGUCGAAGUUAUCGAAAGAAACAAAUCUGACAGCGUAAAGCUAAGAGAAGAAGAUGUACCAGGAGCAAUUUUACCUCGGGAUAUACCAGAAGAAUGCACCGUGAAACAGCUGCAGCGAUGGCUUCUUUGCCGUGGAGCUAAAACAACUGGAAAGAAAAUGCAGCUUGUUCAAAGGGUAAAAGACUAUAUUGCUGGUGGCCUAAGCUCGAAGAUAAAGGACCCUGAUGGUGGAAUCCAUUUGGCUAAAGCUAAGGCAGACCUGGGACUCAUGGAAGAAAUUAACGCUAAAAAACUCAAAGAAAACUUUCCAGUGGACGGAUUUACGGAGGAUUUGAAUAUUUUACGUGCUAUAUCAUUUGGUACAAUAUGGAGGUACAUGAUUGAAGAGAGUGAUGCUAAGAAGCAAUUAUCCACAGCAAAACCUCUUGUCAAGGGAUACAAUUUUUUUAAAUCUGGCCAUGUCCUUAGCAUUAAAUGCAGGGAAUCUGACGGAAAGUUUUAUGUUAAAAGUCAAGUUCUUCCAUCAAUGAAAAAGACAGUGUUGUAUAAUUGCUUCAUUGUUUUCAACAAAGAUGGCAGUGUAGUAACAGCUUAUGAUGGUUGCCCAGCUGGAGUUGACGGGCAUUGCAACCAUGUAACUUCAACAAUAUUUGCACUGGAGGAGUUCUUCAAACAAAGUAAAGCACCUGUAAAUCCUUCCUUAACCCCUGCACUUUCUUGCACUUCAAAGCCAUGUGCAUGGAAUGUCUCAAGAAAAAGAAAGAUUGACAAUCUGCCAAUUGCCAAAGCCAAAUUUAAAAAACAUCAACAUGGCAAACUAAGCAAGAGUGAGGAUAAAUCUCCUCCAUCAACAAGGGAUGUUAGAGCACCACACCAGCAGUACCCGAAUACAAACACUGACAUGUAUAAUUUAUUGCACCGUGUCAAGGAGAUUGAGAAUAAGACAGGCAAGAAAAUGGCCUUAAGUCUCAUUUUACCGCAGAAAACUUUGGAGGAAAAUAAAGAAACGAUUUUGGUUGACCAUAAUUACUGCACACCCUUGACUCACAUUGAACCAGUUGAACCAGAACAAGGAAAUGGUAGUCCAGUGUCAACUGAACUGUUAUCACUAGUGAAAUGCCAUCCAGUGAGUUUGGAAGAAAUAAAGGAAAGGUGCAUAAAAGUUAAGAAAAGGCUCUUUGCUGAUGAAAAGGAUGUUGAUCAAAUUGAAAAAGAAACCAUGGGCCAAUCAGUAAAUGAAAACUGGAAUCUGCAUCGAAAAAUAAGAAUAACUGCAUCUAAAUGCCAUCGAAUUGCCACUCUGCAAGCAACUACCUCCCCUACAAAGGCCAUUAGUGAAGUCUUACAUUACAAGCAGAUCCCUCAAACAAUUUAUAUGAAAGAGGGCUUGUCAAGAGAAGGUGCUGUUAUUGCAGAAUACAUCAAAUCAAGGAAACUGAACAAUCAAAAUGUCCUAGUGAAACCAUGUGGACUUUUCAUCAGCAAAUCACAUAAUUUCUUGGCUGCAUCUCCAGAUGGCUUAGUAUACAAUGCCGACUCCACUGAGUCAAGUUCCAGUGGACUUAUUGAAAUAAAUCUUGUCUUCCUAAAGGAGAAUGAGACUUUGCAUGAUGGACUUAUCAGAAAAAGAAUCUUUCUUCCUGGUUCAACUGAUGGACAGCUGGUUAUCAACCAGAAACACAAGUAUCACUAUCAAGUCCAGCAACAGUUGUUUGUUACAGAGAAAUCAUGAGUGGAUCUGGUGAUUAAGGGAGUUAAAGAGCUUACAGACAGAUCAUUUGUGAACCCUUCGAAACGACAAAUGUGA